CUUCAUACCAAUUUUUUGUAUAAAUAAGUAAAGAGUGCAUCGUGAUGUCUUCUGGUAAUUAUGCUGCUCCUCUCCAUAAAUUAGAAUUAAUAACCCCUAUAGUUCCUCAUGUGGCCCAGACAACCAAUUAUUUAGUAAGUCCCAGACAAUAAAGAAGAAAUUUUCAAGUCUCAAAUAUCUCGAAAUUUAUUCGUUCUACUGAAAAUCUUUUACUGUGUAUUCGAUUUUAGACUACUAUUAUGAAGAAAGCUCCGUACGACAAAAAUGCUCCAAGGCGACCUCUUUCAGCAUUUAUGUUGUUCAUGAAAAAGCGCAGACAAGAAUCAGAAUAUAUUGCUUCGCAGUCAUUUUCAGAUAGAAAUCGUAUUAUUGCUACUGAAUGGGCUGCUCUAUCUGCUGAAGAGAAACAAGUAUAUACUGACCAAGCUGCCGAAGAUCGUGAGUUAUACAAAAAAUUGUUUGCUGAAUACAAAACUACUGAUAAUUACAAGAAAUGGUUAGCUUCCAAUGAAACGGUCAAUGCUAACGGGCCCAAAGCUGGAUGUAAACGACCAGUAAAACAAAUAUCACAUACUAAAAACAAUGACAUAGAAGCAGAUUGCAAAAUUUCAAUAUUUACUCAUGAAUUUCUGGAAUACAACAGACUUCGUGAAGUUAUCUUGCGUCAAUUGAAGAAACACGUAUCACAACUUGAAGAAGAAACCGCUCUACUAAGUAAGCAUGUGGAAAAUCUUGUAAAUGCUGAAAAUCGGACAAAAAAUCAAAUUAAUACAACGAAGGAAUUACUAACCAAUGAAGAAAAUUUAUUGAAACAGCUAUGUAAAGAGUUAACAGUUGCUUUAAGCGAUGUCACUUUAUCCAAUAAUACAUCCGAUAUAAGUUUAAAAGGAAUUGAACGUAUUACAGAAACUAGUGUGGAAUCAUUUUUUUCAAAAUUAGAAUCAUUAAAAAAUUCUUCAUCUUAUUUAG